AUGAGUCAACGAGGAAUUCUUGAGCGCCUGUCGGUGCUUGACACAAACACCGUAUCGGAUGCCCUGGACUUCCUGCAGCUUAAAGGAGCCACCUACGGCCUCCAGCCACUGUGGGACUGCCUGAAAAUUGUUGGACGCGCGAGUACAGUCAAGGUGGGCAUCAAACACAAUGCUGCCCCCUCAGUCCAUCUCCUCACCCCAGUCGUGGACGCGAUCAAAGGCAUUCGCGGCACCAUCAUCGAUGCGCACGCGGAUCGUGCAGCUCGAGUCCGGCUCAGAGCUGCGGGUGCGAGGUGGUGUCACGGAAACCGCAUCGAAGACGUUGUGGAGUUGGCAGAGCGCAUUGGCCGCCGUCAGGCCGUGAUGGUCCAGGACGUUCGAGACGGCAAGCCGGUGUCUGAGGUCAUGUAUGACUCAAAAUUUGAAGCCAGUCACCCAAAGACAUCUUCUCCGGCGACUGCUGUCAGUUCCAAAGAAGCGUGUCCGGAGGAUCAGGAGCUGUCAGCGUUAUUCGCUGGCUUAGACACACCUGCAGUCUCUGACGCACUUGAUAAACUUGGCAUCCCUGGUCAGGCGUUCGAUAUCAUGCCCCUUGCAAACUACAGCAAGGUGACCAUCGGGCCGGCCUUCACUGUCCGCUACAUCCCUGCCAGUAACCCGCCAGGAAGCGUUGGUGACUUCAUCGACGACGUUGCUGCCGGCGAUGUCGUAGUCAUCGAUAAUGGCGGACGCACCGACUGUACUGUUUGGGGCGAUAUCAUGACCCAGUACACCGGCUUACGCGGCAUUGCUGGCACGGUGAUUGACGGAGUCUGCCGCGAUGUAAGCCGUGCUCUCAAUGAUGGAUAUCCAGUCUUCACCGCGGGGCGUUGGAUGCGGACCGGUAAGGAUCGGGUUCAAGUAGGGGCUGUCAACGAAACUAUUGGCAUUGGGAAAGCCCAUGUUCGGCCUCGCGACAUCGUUGUAGCGGAUGCAAAUGGCGUGGUAUUUGUUCCUCGAGAUCAAGCCCGUGAGGUUGCGGAGCUUGCACAAAAGAUCGAAAAGAGCGAAGACGAUAUUCGGGAGUUGAUCAGUGCUGGCGUCUCCAUUAGUGAAACGAGACAAAAACUCGGUUACCCCACGCUGCAGCGCAAGGUCAAGAAUCAUUGA